AUGCCGUGGCUAAUUGUCUCAACAUGUUUCUUGUUGGCGACGGCCGCAUUAUCCCAGGCGGCGGCCACCAACUCAACGUCGCCGUCUGAGCUACUUGCAAAUGCUCCAGAAUGCGCCAUCUCGUGCAUAGUCGACGGGUUCAUGGAUGGGGGCUGUUCCUUGGCCAAAGCGGCGGACUGCGUGUGUACCAACACCACUCUUCAAGCGCAUGUGUCACAAUGCGUCCAGACAUCCUGCAUAUACGAAGAUCAAGUUGCCGCCGCCCAGAUAUCCCGAGACCUUUGUCGCGGAUACCCGAUCGAAGACCGACGAAGCUCGACUAGGAUCCCCGCCAUCGUACUCCCUGCCAUAACCAUUGCUGUGGUUCUCCUGAGGUGCAUUUCGAGGAUAGCGGUUGCCAAAGGGAUGUGGUGGGACGACUGGAUUGCGCUGGUGACCACGUUCUUUCUUUUUGCAUCAGGUGUCAUCGCCUUGAUAAAUCAUCGAAUCGGUUUCGGGCUUCAUUACUGGGACAUCGACCCAGGCAAAGCGACGACGAUCUUGCAGGUUAGGAGACCACUUGAUCUGCUGCGAUGGUUGGUGAUUGCUAAUCGCUCGAAACAGAUCUUUUAUGCAGCACAGAUGAUCUAUGUUUUGGUGAUUACCGGCGCGAAGGCUGCCCUCUGCGCCUUCUAUGCCCGGGUUUUCUCCCACCAGCGGUUCCGCCUCGCUACUAACAUAUUCCUCACAUGCUUGGCGAUCCAGACACCUUUGUUUGUGUUUUUGAUCAUGUUUCAGUGUAUCCCGAUUCAAGCAGUGUGGGAUCGGUCGAUCCACGGCCGCUGCCUCAACAUAACGGCUAUCAGUUACGCGGGUGCGGCUGUCACCAUCAUCGAAGACCUCAUACUCAUCGCCAUGCCGAUCCCAGAGCUUAUGAAGCUGCAGCUAGGAUUGAAGAAGAAGCUGGCGGUCGUGUUUCUGUUUGGGUUUGGGUCAUUCGCCAUCAUUGCAAGCAUUAUACGGCUGAAAUACAUGGUCAUGUUUUCCCGUAGUUACGAUCCCACCUAUGACUUUUUCGAGGUCAACCUCUGGUCCGGUAUUGAGGUCAACACAGCCAUCAUCUGCGGCAGUCUGCCUGCGCUAUUUCCGCUACUUAAAAAGCUUCCGGGAUUUUUCAAGGCGCUCAAAAACACUUUGGAGGGCACCUGGAGGAAGAUUUGGAAUAUCUCGACACCGUCAACCGGAGCAAAGCAGACGUGGGGUGCCGGUACUUCGGCGUCUGAAGCACCAAAAGAAGACAGCCAUACAAGCACUAUUGUCUUUGUCGAGAGCCCUACCGAGACGGAAGUCUCGAUGGCAUCGAGUAGAGAGUCGCGGAAAUUGGGAAUCUAA